AUGAGAGGUUCGCCUCAAACCUCUAAAAAUGACCCGGAUCAUCCCGACAAGGUCGCUUGGAUCGCCGGCUUAGUGCAGUCACGAUGCGAACAAUUAGCACUGAUAACGUAUCAGAUAGCGGAGGCAGACGGGCAUCGCGCCGUGGCGGCCAGUCGCCCGAGGGAGUCGAAGCAGGUGGACUCUCAGAAGACGCGUAGUUCCGCGGUACCAGUGAUGACUUCUCCG